CAGGGGCUGGUUGUGUUCAUUCUUGUUUUGGGGUUUAAAGGCUUUAACACGUUUGGUAGACAGCAGUCUGGGUGGAUUUCGGGGCACUACCAUAUUUACGCAGUGUUGACAAUGUCAGGCACAUGACAAUAACAUUGCACCCGGGAGACUCAUGACUCUUCCUGAAUGACUGUGUAUGUUAACGGCAGUUAGUCAUAGAUUAGGCUACCUGAAUGAAUUUAGAUAAUGUCUAUACGCAGUCAUGUAUUUUAAGGGAGGGAUACUAGCAAUCAUUGACUGACAACAUUUCUAUUUUAAAGGCAUGACAAUGAUCUUAAAAUAGUAGUAGGCCUAGUAGUAUACAAACCUCAGCGUGAAUCCAUACCAUUAAAACCCUUUCGAACUAAAGCUGCACACUUAAUUGGAUGAGACCAUUGGCCAUAUUUGUGCUCCUCCAUCUGCAUGGUGGGACUUAGAGGUUUAAGACAUGGGCUUCAGCUGUCUGUCAGUUGACUAUAGCAGUUAAAUGCUGUGGCAGAACGUACUGAUUGACCUGGGGAAUGAGUAAUGGAGGUUUCAGCAUGUCUGAGUAGCCAGGACAGCAGCAGCAGCAGCAACAUCAGCCCAACAUGUGGUCCAUUUGGCUUGCUGUCAGAACACCGAGGGGAGAGGGGAAAAUAUAAAACGUCCUCUUCCGUCUGUCAAAGGGGAUUGAAAUGGACACUGUUGUUCCACAGCCGUUGGAGACAUAUUGACCCCCUCGGUUAUGGUUGUGAUGCUUUACAUAGAGAACAGAACAACAGUUGAAACCACAAAAGGUGGACUCUCCAUGUCAGAAACAGAAAGAGUUGUACUGCCAAAGUCUAUCGACGACAUCGGAGAAAAGAUCAUAUACCUGCUGGCCUACCAUGUGACCUUCAUCAUGUUCGUGUGGGCCUACUGGCAGACCAUCUUCACAAGUCCCAUGAACCCCCUCAAGGAGUUCCACCUGUCCUACUCGGACAAGGAGCUGCUGGAGCGUGCCGACCGGGGCGAGUCUCAGCAGGAGAUCCUGAGACGGCUGGCCAAGGACCUGCCCAUCUACACCCGCACCAACUCUGGAGCCAUCCGCUUCUGCGACCGCUGUCAGCUGCUCAAGCCUGAUCGAUGCCAUCACUGCUCAGUCUGUGAUAAAUGUAUUCUGAAGAUGGAUCACCAUUGUCCCUGGGUGAACAACUGUGUUGGAUUCUCCAACUAUAAGUAUUUCAUGCUCUUCCUGGCCUACUCCUUACUCUACUGCCUAUUUAUCACUGCCACAGAUCUUCAAUACUUCAUCCGAUUCUGGACGGCUGAAGGUAGAGCGCAUGAUCGUCUGAAAGAAUACCUGAACGGACUUCCAGACACGCAAGGCAAGUUCCACAUCAUGUUCCUGUUUUUUGCCUCCUCCAUGUUCUCCGUCAGCCUGGCCUCUCUGUUCGCCUACCACUGCUGGCUGGUCUGCAAGAACCGAUCUACACUGGAGGCGGUGCGAGGCCCUGCCUUCCGCCACGGGACCGACAAGAACGGCUUCGGCCUGGGGUUCAGCAAGAACUUCCGCCAGGUGUUCGGGGAUGGGAGGAGAUACUGGCUUCUUCCUGUCUUCUCCAGUCUAGGAGAUGGUUGCUCCUUCCCAACCUGUCUGGUCAACCAGGACACAGAGCAGCCAUGUUCCCCUGAAGGCCACAACGCUAACAAGAUUGCAACGGAAAUCCAGUUUCCAGCCAAGCCACUGAGGGAGUCUCAGAGUCGCCUGCUCAGCAGCACCCCCUCGUGGAUAGAGAGUGACAGUGCAGAGGACAGAGAGAGGAAUGGUACCAGCAACCCUAUAAUGAUAAUAGAACAUGAGGCGUAGGCUUCUAUUCAGAAUCAAGACGUGUAACCCUAAACUCCUGGGUGUGCCUAUCAGGACGUGAAGUGGUGUGACACGAUGUCUGUCGUCGUUCAUAAUGCGUACAGCCGUAUGCGUCAGACAAGGUUUACUUCAACACCACAGAAUAUGCAGAAAUCACAACAAUAACAACAACAACAACAACAACAAUAGACCAAACCCGGAGACCUCUUAAAAGAGUCAACUAGUGAACAACAAAGGAUACAAACAGGUUAACCCAUUCAGUUCCUGAGAAGGAAGGGACAGGAACGGCAUUCCAGAAUAUGAGACUUUGAGUUUGUCCAUUUGUUAAGCACAGUAUUGUAAUGACUGCGGUUUUGCACUUUGUAUAAUAUGAAUAUUAGUCUGGUUAAGCUGCUUUUGAUAACACCAUGAAUGCUCAACAGUUUAAAGGGUUGCUCAUCGCUGGGUAAAUCUAGACCCCGUUUCUUUGAUUGCUCAUGCAAGAGUUUAAUGGUAGAAAUGAAUGCUACAUUUUGGUUUUGUGAAACAGUGCACAUUAUAGCUUCCAGUGACAUUUGGGUUUUAUGGGAGUCUCCAGUUGAAGGCCUUUAUGUCAGUGUAGUUUCUUCUGCAUUUUUGAGUGAUAUAAAAAAUAAUCUGGGAUGGGGUCCCCCCUCUCCCUGACCACAUCAUCUACAUGCAAAGUGUUGUAAAAAACGAACCCAGUGCAUGCUUGAUCUCAGUGAAAUCGAAAUGCUUUGCCGUAUUGAACUGUAUGCAGGACAAUGUUAUUAUUUCUUUCUUGCUUGUGAUGAGUGUGUGAAGCUGUUUAGUGAAUCUAUGAACAAGGGCUCCGUUGUCUGACUGCUUGGGUUUUAUGUGACCGUAUGAGUGAGGGCGUGUGUCGCCCUGUCACAAACACACUGUUAAUUUGUAUUUCUCUGUAUAACGGCAGUUGGCUUCCCUAUGCCAGAUAGUGCAUGUAGGUCUGGCAUAGUUUCCACCACACACUGCCAGAUAAUGUUCCCUGGUCUGUUUUCACCCAGAGGCGUCACUCCGGACGGGAAUCGCUCAUAAGCGGUUCUUAUUUGAUUGGUUUAUUUUUCCACAAAUGUAUUGAAAGUGGAAGCAAGAGUCGCAAUGAGUAUUUUAGGCUUAUCGGAUUGUGAAAAGAAGGACAAUUACUGAAUGUAUUGCAGAAAUAAAGAAAGGUUGCUAUGG